AUGUCCGUGGCUGACGCAGGCUAUCCAAAGGAUCUGCUCAGCGACACACGGAAGUAUCAACGACCAGGCGGGCGACUGAAAGGCCCGAUCACAACUGGACCCGGACACCUCGACGACUCAGUGGACGUGCUGGGGGAGACUAAGGUGGUGGAUCGAAAGGCUUUCCCUGCAUCAGAUCGAGAUGAUCCGCCAGCCGCCCCUCCGCCGAAGAAGAAGAUUCAGCCCGAUGACGAGGGGACGCUGUUUGGCCCCGACGGCAUGCCACUGCAGGCGGGGGCCACGAUGAUAGAGGAUGAGGACGGCCACUUGAAGCCCAAAGUGGAGGAUCACCAGAAGGUCGAGAUGCACGACCAGGGCUGGUUCCAUGCAGAGAGCAACCGCUACGAGCAGGAGGAGCUGGCGAAGAUGCACAUCGUCAGCAUUUGCGACGCCGUGCGGCAGCGGCAGGGCGUCGGGCUUUGCCGUGAUGAGCGCUGGACCAACAGCCCGCAUGAGUUCCCAGACCUCGGCCUGACGGGCACCGUGCUGUCGAAUGCGUUGGUGCCCUUCCCGCCCAACGAUCAGCAGUAUUACAUCUGUGGCAAGUACGACUCAGACGAAUCUUUGCUGCGGCCGACAGCAGUCCCCAACUUUGCGCAUGAUGGGCAUGGGUCGAGCACGUGGUUAAGGUUGGUAGACUUCGCUCAGCAUGCAGAUGCCGUACACCUCUUCGAUGAGUUCAGCAGCAAGAGUCACUGCGGCAGGGUCUACCAGGGUGCGCUGGACAAUGGCUACUUCGUAGAAGCUUUGCAGGCCAUAUCGCUGCGACCGAAGCUCGUCAAGCAGCUCUUCUAUGCUUGGCAAGCCAGGAGGUCUGUCUACAUAGCCAGGCUCUACAAGCACGGCACCUGGAUGCGAGUGGAGGUGGACGACUAUGUCCCCGUCGGUCGGCCCGGAAGGAAUGACACAGAUGUCAACGUGCCAAUCUGCUGCCGCUCCGAGCACUUCCCGAAUGUCAUCUGGCCAAGCCUUAUCGAGAAGGCUUAUGCAAAGAUCCACACCCUGCGGCUGAGUCCCAGUGCAGUUUCAGAGGAGGACAUGGGAGGCUGGGAGGCACUGAACGGCGGCGGCAAGGUCGAGGACGCCCUCGCCGACCUCACAGGAGGCGUCGCCGGCCGUUUCUACACGCAGGACGUCUCCCCCGACCGGCUGUUCAUCUACAUCCACGACUUGCAGCGGGACACACUUUUUGUUUGCAGGCCAAAUCCCACGACAUGUGAGCUGCAGGGCGUCAGGCUGAAUCCGUAUUAUCCCUAUGCUGUAAAUCGAGCAGUUCAGUGGGAAGGCGGCUUGUAUCUUCAGCUCUUCUGCGGAGGUCCGGGUGUCUAUGACGGUGGCCUUCAGGACAUCACCGUCCCCUACACGCUGUCGCGAAAUGAGAAGUAUCCUGAGCGACGAGAGGAUGGUUUCUUUUGGCUAAAUGCCGAAGACUUCCACGAGUACUUCGGUACCAUCUUCGAGUGCCGACUCGUCAAUAGCGGAGAUGUCUCGCUGCCGGAGAUGCCACCCCCGCGAUUUGAGACGAUCAGGCCACCGCCUUCAGAGCUGGCGCUCAUGGCAGCUGGAAUGAUGGCUCCAAGCAUGGGCGACAUGGGCCUUGCAGGCGUUUUUCGGCCGCAAGGGUAA